GAAGCCUUCCAAGCCGUUCUCGUACACAGCUAAGGACACCGUGCGCCGCGCUAUCUCCUGCACAUUGUCCAUCUAUGUCCGCCGGACUUCUCGGAUCGAACCGUGAAGGCCGGGCUUCAUACAAAGUGUUCGAUGUGCGAUGUGCGAGAGGCGCAUAGCCAGGAAGAGCCGUCCGUCUCCCUCGCGUUCUCUUUCACUCUCCCUCUCCUCCGUGUCUGUGUAGCGGUGAUUCAGUUGGAAUGAUUGAAGCUUCGUCGUCUGCGCCGCGUCCCGAGCUGAAGGCUUCGUCCUCCGAAGUGGAGAAGGACGUUGAAGAGUGCCGUGUUGAGGACCCAAACACCGAGGGCACGCUCUUCCAGUCGCGUCUUGGAGACAAGGCCCGCCGGCGUCACUUCUUCUCACCGCUGGAUAAGAGUAUUGCGGAGGCGGUUCAUAAAGAUGCCGAGACAGUCGAGUUUACUGAGGCUGAAGAGCGAGCUAUGAGGCGCAAGAUCGAUCGACGGGUCUUGUCGUUGAUUAUCGGAAGCUACUUGUUUAAUCAGUUUGAUCGAACCAACAUCGGGAAUGUGCACACGGUACCCGCCUUCAACGAGAACUAUGGAAUGACGAAUAACAACAAGUGGACACUUGCAUUGAGUGUAUUCUACAUCGGUUACUGCUUGUUGGAGAUGCCUGCCAAUGUCCUGCAGCGCCGCAUUGGGGCCAAUCGUUUGUGACACUUUCAGGUCCAUGCAGAGUCACAAGUCCAGACAAUACAGAUUUUAAUCCCUACUCAUGGAAUGAGCAAGCCAACAUUUUCUUCAUAGACCAACCCAUCGGCGUCGGAUUCUC